ACUUCGAUAAAUCUCUUCGACAUCACACUCGCCGCAAUGGCUCAAGCUAUUAGAGAUUUCUUGAAGAAUCAUUUGCCUUCGCCUUUGUUUGGCGGAAGAAAUAGAGAACACCACGAGAGCAGGGAGUAUCUUCACGUUGAAAACCAAGGAGAAAGCGAUGAGGAUGAAAUAGUUUACCCGAGCGAGGAAAUGACCAAGGCUAACGAAAAGGAGUCUUCAAAAAAUACUUCGGCUCUACAAGCAGCCUGGAAUGUAUUAAACUUGAUACAAGGUAAGUUUCAGAAUUAUAAUGUCUUACAGUUGUUCUCCCAAUUCUCCGGUCGAAGAAAAGCUGAUAUUAAUGGGGGAAGGAAAUGGCUUCAUCGUUAUUUUUCACCAGAAUUUUAAUCGCGGUCAGCUUCUCCCCUGUGGCAAAUGUUCCAUGCAUCAAAUUAUUGAUUUUUUUGCCGCCGGAUAUUCUCGAUCGAAAAACAUAGUUUUUUUUAUCUAUGCAACAUGUCUACGAUGGUAUGAAUGCUGAAUGAUAUAUUUUAAAGUCUCGACCGAGUGAAUUUUAAUCCAAACCAUUGUUGAGAAAAUGGAAGAACUUCUUUCCAAUUCACUUGUUUGAACUGAACUAAAUUCUGAUCUAAUUUCUUAUUAUCUUAGCCGAUGGAAAAACUGGAUGAUUGGCUUGUUUUUGAUAAAAAUUGUUUAAAAUCAAAAUUGUGUAAGAUGAAAAAGUUCUGAUUAUCUAAAUAAAUGUAUAGAAAUUAGUUUGCUCUCAGAUUUGGUGCUAUGACUGGUUUUCUCCGGUUUUAAAAUAACUCGUUCUUCUGUAUCUGUUAUAAAUGUACCGAUUACUCGAUGGAUUAUCGCAAACUAAAAAUAUAAAAUUUGUUCUGGGAGACAUUCGCCAACUUUUUAAGACUGGAAAACAUUUCCCUUUUCAGGCUUCUAUCUUUCAUUAUUUAGGAUAUCACGUUUUUUUAUUCAUCCAAAAAUUGAAGUUCACUUCCAUACAAAGUCAAAGACAGCAGCAAUGUAACAAGUAAUUUUUUUAAGCUCCGAAACUAAAAUUCAAAAGUAGCUCAGAAAUUUGCCUUUUAGCUCCCUUCCGAGCUGAAGGAAAUUCCGACGUAGAUUUAUCAUUGUAAGAUUUUUUACAAAUUUUCCGUUCCUAUCUUGUCUUUCUGAUAUGAACCAGCGCCGAUUUAAAAAUCUUUUUUUUUCAAUUGACGACUCAGUUCCUGUGUUAAAAUCAAAACAUUUCAAUGAGAUGGUUUUCUUCAUUUAAAAGCUAACUCAAUUUCUUUUCUUCUUAUCGAAGAAACACAUAAAUAAUUAAGGUGUUAUGGAUAAUUGUACAAAGGCGGGUUUUGAAGAGCAAAGGGUUGUUUCCGAUAGCUAAGAAAAAAAAUACGAUUUUUUUAUUAGCGUGGGUGUUCAUCACUACAUUAAAGAAAAACAAUUUCGUGGUAAAUCAAUUAAAUAUUACUGAAUACCUGUCCACUAUUAAUUAAAAGCAAUGUUUAUCCUUACUAAAUUCGAAGGCUUCCGAUCAUAAAAAAUUAACCACGUUUGUUUUUUCCUUUUGACUGAAUUUCACAGCUGCGAUCACAAAAUUUCACAUGAAAACAACAGUGUGAGCCAUCCAGUAACAAAUAAAAGGCAAACAAAAAAAGAAAACUUGAUAAAAACCUUGCUGUUCUCAAGUCCAAAAGAUCUCAGGAGCUGAAUGGUUUAAUUAAAGUCACAAAACUAAUUAAGUCAAAGAUAAAUUUUUCCUGGCGAACGUUACCCAACUAAAUUUAAAUAUGAUGUUUUACAAACUACUUUUGAUUUCAGUAUUUCGGAAAAUUUUUCGUUAAAUUUCUUCCCUAUACUGUGGAGAAAGUUACCCUAACAAAAUUAGAAAGUGUCUUUUUUUUUUUAGCAAACUCCCAUUCAGUGAUCGUAAAAUUUAAAAACAAAUUCUCUUUUAAGAUCUUCAAUAUCUUCAGCGUCGCUAGAUCGGAUUUCAAAUUUCGCCCUUAAGAAAAACACCUUUUGUUAAAUUCACCAAGACUUAAAUAAUUCAAAGACAUGAUCUCAAUAAUGGAAGAUUCUUUGCCACUGAGACAUUGCCUUAAGAAAGAAGAGCACAAAAACGAGGUCACAGCUGAACGGAAAAAUAAAACAACAGAUCGAUAUAUUUGGCUUCCUACCAUCAACUAGUAAUACUCGAUAUCGGGGGUGGGCUGGAUUAAUUUCCGUUGUGCAUAAAAAGCGACAACGAAGAAAAUCAUUGAAGAAAUACCAAGCAGGAAUAAUUCAACAGUUAUUCGCCGAAGGCGAAGUGAAUAUUGUUGAAUAAUUCCCGAGACGAAGUUGAUGGGAUUAUUCAACAAUUCAUGUUCACUGACCCUGAGGCGAUUCAUUAUUUAGACAUAAUUCCUCAGGUGCUUUCAAAUACUGCUUUGAAUUCGUUCUGUUGUUGAUACUAUUCUGUUACAAUUGUUUUAAUUACUCGUAUCGAGAUAGGCAGCCAGUCUCCACUAAAAUUUAAAAGGUUUAUUUAAUUCAAUCGGCAAAACUCCAUUCAUUUCUUUUGAAAAGUGUUAUGCCAGACUUAGUAGUAUUUUCUAGACUCUUGGCAAUAGAAUUUCCUUCUGACGCGUUUAUCUCUUCCUCGUUACCAUUGACAAAACGCGAGGCAGCCAUUUUGAAAUCUAGCGCUUCAGAUGAUAGUCACCUUGCGCGAGGUGAUUUUGGCGAAAUUUGACGCAAUCCCAGACCAUUAGCAGCGUGCGUAUCUCUACAAUCACCGGAGCAAUUAAGCUAAAAGCUCUCACUGGCAAACCGAUAGCAGGUUUUAAAUGAAACUGCUGGUACUAUUUGCUGUACAGUUGAGUUUAUUUGAAUUAUUUUCAACUUUCAGGAACGGGAACCCUUGGCGUCCCAUUUGCUGUUAUGCAGGGGGGGUACAUGUCUCUGGUGGCCAUUGUUAUCAUCUCAGUAAUCACUAACUAUACAGGGAAACUUAUCAUAGAGUGUUUGUACGAAAAGCCGUUCAAUGGUCAAGGUGCACGAGGAGUUCGAACGAGGAACAGUUACGCUUUGAUAGGUAAGGUGCAACGAUGUAGAAAUACCCACUGCAGUCAUGUUGAUCGUAUUUUUUUAAUUUGUUGUUGUGAAAAUGUUGAAUAUGAAGGCGAUAUUCAUAGCCAUGAUCACCACUUACGUAGUGGUGAAAAUAAGGCCUGAAAAAAAUUCAGGUCUGUACGGGAUUUGAACCCAUGACCUCUGCGAUACCGGUGCAGUGCUUUACCGACUGAGUUAACAAGCCAACCGAGAGCUCGUUGUUAUUUUGGUUCCAAAUAAACCCGUGAAGUGGUGAAUCAAUGACUGUGAUUACAUGAAAAUCGUAUACGUGAACUGCGAAUGUGAAAAUGUUGUUGCUGUUGAUGUCAUCAUUAGCAUCAUCAUUAACAUUGUUAUUAUCCAGGCUGUAAAGUUGGACAACACGAAGUCCUGUCACCAAAUAUACAUAACUAUAACAAAAUUUGAGAGCCAAACUUGCCAUUGGUCGGACGUCUUCAUGAAAAACAACAGUUAACUCGCCGAAAUGCGCACACACGCGUACACGUUUUUGGCACUAAUAGGACCGUGUGCGCGUCAUGUUUGUCAUUGAACAAUGUAAUUAGACAAAACGCGUCACGCGCGGGCGCUGCCGUCGCACAUUCGCCGAGUUAACAGUUUCCUUUUAUGAAAACGUAUAACCAAUUCAGAUUUCAUUAUAGUUUUCACUAGUGGGUAUCAGGACUUCUAGUCGUUCAAUUCUAUUUGUAAUCGUACUUGUAUUUAACAAAUUAAACUCCCGCUCUGCGGUCUUCCGAUUUUGUUUAUCACUCGUUUGAUUGUGGAGCACACAGUCUUAAUAAUAUUACUAAUGAGUAUCGUGUUAAUAAUAUUGUGAGUAAUUACAAUAACAUUAUUACUUUAUAUACUUCAUUAUUACUUAAUAUACUUCUGAUUUUAGGCCAAGCAUGUUGGAAAAAGUAUGGUAGUGCUGUAGUAUGCGGCGCUCAGGUGAUGCAACUCGCUUGCGCAUGCGUCCUUUACCUGCUUCUCGUCGCCGACUUUUUCAACGACUUGUUUGAGCACCAUGCCCUCUCGUAUUCCUUGUGGACCGUCAUUGCGGGUGUUCUUCUGCUCCCGUCAGUCUUCCUGAAUCAUCUUAAACACGUCUCUUGGCUCAGCAUGUUCAGUGUUGUCGCUCUUGUUAUGGUGUUUUCCUCAGUCAUUGGAUAUGGCGUGACACAGCGUUAUGAAUGGGAUUUCAACCUCGGCGUAACAACGCUAGAGGGAUUUCCCGUAGCAUGGGGAAUUAUCCUGUUCAGCUUCGUGUGUCAUCCUUAUCUGCCAGGCAUCGAAGAAACCAUGGAAAAACCAGAAGAGUUUAAUAGUAUAAUGAACUACUCUUUCUUUGCUUCGGCUGUGACCAAACUAAUUUACGGUUUCAUAGCAGUUUUAACCUUCAAAGGACAAACCCAGCAAGAAAUCUCUGAAAAUCUCCCACCAGGGGCUCUCCAGAAUACAGCCAAUGCCCUCCUGGGGUUCAACGGUCUGUUCUCGUAUGCCCUACCUCUGUUAACCCUCAUUACAAUUAUACACAAAGCGCAGAUUUCGUGUAUCCCUCCAUGCUUUCCCGACGAGAAGCAUCCAUUGUCCAUCAAGGAACGCGUCAUGAUUUACUCGCUGCGAUCUGUCUUUGUGGUAUUUACUGUAAUGAUUGCUGUGCUCCUUCCACAGUUCUCGUUGCUAAUGGCGGUAAUUGGUAGCAUAUCAGGUGUCCUACUUACUUUGGUUUUCCCCUGUCUUUUCGACAUUAUGCUUCACCUCGAGCAGAUCAGUACCAGUCGUUACGUCAUCGACUUACUCAUCGUCUGUGUGGGGGUACUAUCGGGCGGUUUUGGUUUGGUGUUUUCACUUAUUGCAAUAACAAAAUUGUACGUUUAAUAACUUUUCCAAUAAUGAUAUGUAUUAAACUAAUGGGAACACGGGGAUACUACGGUUGCAGUAUAGCCUUUGCAGUAAGGGUGUCUUGCAGUACAGGCGUCUUAUAGAGAAAAGCGGGUAAGCGCUGCAAGCUCACUUUAAACGAACGAGGCGCCAUGUUUUUUCAAGAUGGCGGCCAAACGUUUUACGAAUGAAUCCCGAGCGGUCGCUCGAAAAAAUAUGCCUGCACUGCAAGUUAUGCUCUGGGAGAAGUUAUGGUUUAGGCUCCAGUCAGCGGAAACAUCAGGAAAGCAUGCACCAGAAAUUUAACUAUUCAUCACCGUAACUUUGCGUCCAUACGGAACUUGUAUUGGAGUUGCAGAUAGACGAAUGUUUGCUUAGAGUUAGGAGAGCAGUGCAAGCACACGAACUUCUGUCAAGACAGCUCUGCUAUGUUUCACUUCAACUGACAGAGA